AUGGCUUACAAUCUUCAGUUCAGCAAAAUAGUGGUGCAGUAUCAAGCAAUUACUCAGGCCUCAGUGCACCACACACCAAUAAAGCCCAACAAACAUCCAUUAGGCAUAUUCUCAAAAGACAGAGCUUACUCUAGUUACAGUGAAUUCCUAGGAAGAUAUGAAGACCUCCUGAUGUAUGAUGUUCAAGGAGUUAUCUCUUCUGCUGUUUUCCGUAAUGAUAACAGACUCCUCUUGGCUUCCUCCAGAGAUGUCAUGAGUCAUGUAUGUGAUAUUAGAAAUGAUACAGUGGAUGCUACCUUGGCACAAUCAGAAUCCUGUAUAUAUUCAGCCACAAAUGUGGCUAAUCUCACAGACUUCAACUUCAACACAAACAAGGUGUCAUUGCUGUCUUCACUUCCAAGCCAGAUAAGCUGUAAAGGCAAUGAUGAUGCUUUGAAUAUUAGCAGUGUUGUAUAUCGAUCUGGAAAACUAUACAUAGGCCUGAGUGAAAAGGGGAUAACCUAUGUGUAUGAACUUGGGACAGGAAAGGUGAUACAGGAAAUCACAGCUUCUGAUACUUCAUAUGGAUUUUGGAAAAUUGAUAUUAGCCAGGAUGAAAAAUUCGUUGCUUUUGCCAGUUCAAAUGGCAGAGUGAUUGUUUAUGAUACUAGAAAGUUAAGUGAAGCAGUGUUUGAGAAAAAGAAAGAAGUGCAAGAUCAGACUAUAAGUAAUCAUCAGAUACAUUUCAGUCCAUCAGGGAACUUACUUUCAUUAUCAGGCUACAGUAAACUUGUUGAAGUAUUUGAUGUGUCUGAUCACAGUGAUAAGACAGAAGUAUUCUGUCAUGACGGACAUCGUGAUGGACAAAUAAGCACUAUAUUAACUCACCUUUGGCAUCCAUCUCAAAGCAAGCUUGUCUUUUCUGCUGAUGAUAUGGGUACAUUACAGGCUUGGCGCUUUAAGUGAUCUUAAAUGAUUUUUUAGAAAGAUUUUCAGAAAACUAUUUUUAUAGAACAAUAAUGUAGCUUUAGCAUUUAUUAUGUCUGACAGCCUUCUAGAAAUAUAUCUGAAAGCUUUCAUA